AUGACUCCGUUUCCUCUGCGGGAACAAGGCGCAGUAUCAACGACAGGUAGGAACUCGCCGCACUCAUCUUCUACGGGCCGUAAUAGCAUGCUGCCAGCUGACAGCAAGAUACGUGCACGACCGCUGAAGCAAUUGCGGAUGAAGCCGUUGCGUGCGGCGCUUGACUCGCUCAUACUGAAUCUCAAGAAACGUGACUCGUACUUGUUUUUCCACGAACCUGUGAAUGCAGAUGAAGUGCCUGGCUAUCGCGAGGUUAUCACACAUCCGAUGGAUCUCGGCACAAUGGAGAAGCGCAUUCACGAAGGCUACUAUACAAAUAUGGAUAUGUUCCAGCACGACUUUAUGCUUGUGACUCAAAAUGCGCAGCGGUUUAAUCCGCCCAGCUCGAUUUAUCAUUCGGCUGCACGUCGUCUGGAAGGGUGGGGACUGCGCGCCAUCGCUCGGGAGAGCCAGAGCGUCGUGAAUGAAGACCAACUUCCCGCGCCGACGUCACCAGGCUCGUCUAUGCAGGAAGAUACACCACAACCUCGCGGCCGCCGGAAACGCACAGCGCAUGAGCGUGCUAUGGGGGAAGGCCAUUCUAUUGAGGCUGAGCCACAUGCUGCCCAGCUUAGUCGUCGCAUGAUGCGCGUCGGCAGCGCGCGUUCUACAACAUGGUCACUCCAGGGCGUCGAGACGUCUGACCCGGCUGAGCUCUUGUUUCGGCGCACACUUGCGUAUGCAGGUGUCGGGCAACACCAACUCACCGGCAAGAGUGCAUGCUGCGCACGUGUACAUGCGAAGCCGAAGCGGCGCUUGGGGACGCCGUUGUCCGAUCUGCUGGAUGUGCCAACAGCAUCAUCCUCAUCAAACACAACGUCGGGUCCUACGACGGUGCCUGCAUCGACAUCGACAAAGACAAGUAAUGGCAGCACUCAGGUGGCGUCUGCCACGACGGCACCCGUGACUGACAGGCACCCCGAUGAGAAUGAUGGGUCGACGUUUGUGUUCCAUGACGACGGCGCACUGGAUGCGUCUGAAAUCUCUGACGUGCGAGAAUUUCUUGCGCAGCGCAUGCUGCUCGCGCCUGAGCUCGAGUCUUUGCAACACUUACCGAUGAUGCUUGCUGCAGUGCCGUCGUCGUCAUCUGGCAACGCACCUACUGAGCUAAGCCUGGUGUUUCCCCCCGCACAGCUCGGGCGUCCAGAUGCCUUGCAUGCAGCAACGCGGAGAAAUCCUGAGGCUCCGAGCGUGAACAUGAGCCACACGUUCGAUGGCACUCAAGUGCCCGACAUGCAGCGGGCAAUGCCAUAUGCCAUUGCGUCGACGCCUGGUCCGCCUGGCCUUGGCUCGCAUGGGACGCGGCCCAUCCGUCCUGUAUGGCCAGCACGUCCGCCACCGGCCAUCCAGGAAUCAGGCCUGCGUCUUAACCGACGUGAGCGUGAGCUCGAGCAAGAACGCGACGAGCACAACUGGACAUUCUUUCGCCCGCACAUGCGCCGCAUACUGGCACUCGAGGAUGUUGGCUUGUAUGCAAGCAUGCCAGCUUGGGCUGCCUGUGUCGCAGACGACCAGCCGCUGCAGCCUUAUGCAUCUGUGACGAAUGAACGUCUUAUGCAGGCCUUGCGAGAGCACUUGCGUUCCAUGCCAUACCGAGCAAUGAGUCUUCCACGUACGGCGCAGUAUGUGCCGCGCUCUUCUUUGCACCAAUUGCCGCCAGCCUUACAGCUCUCCAUGCAAGGCGCACAGGAGACAGAACGCCUGAUUGAAACCGUCUAUGGCAGCGUCGACGGUUUGGCUUAUGCACGCAGUCUUGCGGAAUUUGUGACUGGGGCGGCUGAAAUGGAGAGCUGCUGUGAAAAGGAAGAGCAGGAGGAGGAGGAGAAGGAGGAAGAGAAACAGGAUCUUUUUACUGCCAAAAAUCCGGCUUCUCUGCCGGCACGAAAGCGACAGCGACAGCGAUGGAAUGUCGAGCUUCUUCAGCAUGUACAGUCCCAUGUCGUGGAGCCACUGACAGGCGGGCUUUUGCGUAUUUUACAAGACACGGCGCAUUCUCUAGAACAGUGUUCUGAACGCUCUGGCAAUUUGAUGGACCUCCUUGACGACAGUGACGGAUCUUUGGCCGCGGCACUGUGGGAUGCCCAAGCAGGAGCUGCGAAGGAGCAUGAAAACGUGCCAGCGCUAGACAAGGUCCUCGAGACAAUCCUAAACAAGCCAAGCGGCACGGGCGUGAUGACAUCAGCAACGUCGUCGACAACAGCGUCAUGA